AGUGAGUGUAAAUUGUAAAAGGUUACCUCUUUAUAAAAUCUUCAUCUAUUUUUGAUUUUAUAGUUCUUUUUGCCUAGUAGCUAGGUACUACGUGGAUGUAUGCAUCUCCGGACAUCAUCUACAAGAUCUGAUAUUAACUACUUACUAUGAAUAUGAUUUAGAUUUCUUAACUGAAAUCGAAACUACAAGUCGACGAGACGAAUCAAUGUCUUACAACUUAACUAAGCUAGAAGAUGCAUGAAGUUGAAGUAAUGUUAGCACAUCAUACAGUGACACCGUAUGAUCAGAAAUUAGGUAUAUGACCAUCGACAAAAAAUAAACGCGAACAAGCCGAGCGGGAGUAAUUAUAUGCACGAGCGGUACUUACAAGAAGUAGAAGUAUAGGAAAAUGAUUAAUAGAUUGUGAGAAAGAAAAGAUGAAGCAUAUUUUGGUUCCCGUUGUGUGCAAGGACGAAUUGGCGCGACAGCACCCCAGUGUGUGCCUAUGCGAUGCGGCUAAAACAAUGACAAUAAGGUCCCUCGACCUCAAAAACGAGAGGAGAAAACCUGCAAAUAGCACUAGCAGAGAGGACAGCUCAAACUUUUUUCGAUCAUUUCGUACGUCGUGGUGGAGACGCUCAAGAAGACGAAGUAGAUCAAACUCAAAAAUUACAACUGGAAGAGAAGAUGAACGUAACCACGAUGCCGUUUGGAUUCGGAAAGCUGGUCUCCUUUGGAAACGGAGAUCCGCUUCCUCCUGCUUGCGGAUAAAGCUAAGUCAGGCAGUGGCGCUUUUUUUCCUUCAGAGUUGUCGGGUGGCAAGAGUUGCUUCGGCGCGAGGUCCAGUAGUUCGUCCUCCUCGUAACGGGGCGCCGCCGCCGUCUAUCGUAUCUCGUGAUUCUUCCGGGACCGGGGCUGCCUCGUCGUUUCUUUUUCCUGAUGUCCCUGCUGAAGUGGACGACGAGACGCGGCAGGCAUGUGCCACUUCCACUCUUGAGCUUCAUCGACAGGAAUCAGGAGAAACAUGCAGCUCGAUCGACAUUUUCGGGGUCCUCUCGACAAGGGGGGCAAGAAUCGUCGUUGAUUCCGGAGAUUACGUCGCUCCAGUUCAGGGACGACUUACGUCUGGCGAUUUUGAAGAUCCUCCCGACCGAGAAUCAAAACGGGAUCUGCUACAACAUGAUGCGAAUGAUCACCCGCAAUCCCCUUCCAUUUUCUCGCAGCUACCUCUUUCACAUGGAGGAGAGGAAGAUGCAGGUCCUCACCAGGACCUUGAUGAUACAAAUGCGACUCGUGCUUAUUCAAAUUCAAUUGAUGCCAACAUUUCUUACUUUGGGCCGAGAAUACUAGGAACAUCGACAGAUCUUGCCUUUGCGACUGCGAGUGCAAAUCCUUCAACGUUCGAUGAAGGUGGCGCAGAGGUGGAGGUUCGUUGUCGUGGUGAGCGUGGGCUCGCUAUGCUACCAAAUCGAUUCGAAGACCGUCCGCAUCAGCCUUAUAUGUUCACCUCUUCUUUACCAACUGCGGCAAUUAUGGAGGGCGCGAGCGGAAGUCCAACCCAUCGGAUAGAAGACACGACAGGCCCUGUGCCGUGGCCGGCAGCUGCACAGGAACUUCAUGCUGCCAGGCACGCCAUACAAGAACACGGAAUAACCACCCGGCGAUCUUUUUCAUCCGGGAGGAAAACAGAUCAGGCUCCAGCACCUUCUCAAACAGAAAUGAAAGCAGUUGGACCUACAUUUCGCUUGAACGUGCCGGUGGCCUUACAACGAGACGCAAGAAGCGCGAACGCUGCACAUAGUUCCUUCCAGCGUCAGCCUGCCACGGCGAAAGGCAAUGGUGGCGUUUCGGGUGGACUGGACGAAGAUACUUCGCUUUAUUCGAGCGAGGACCCCUCUUUUCUCGAUUCCAUGGUUCCUGAGCGAGGCGGCACCGCGGGCGUUACAACGUUGAAUGGGCCCGCUGCCUCGGGUGGUUCUAAAGAGGCACGGAGAAAUGACCUCGCGACACGCUGGAACCGCUCACGUCCACAGGAGGAUGCAGCGAAGAAGUCCAAAUUUUGUGCGGUACCGCCACCGCCGCGUCCCAUGGAUGUGGAACCGCCUACAGGAGACGAUUGUGAACUAAAUCGUGACGAUGACGAGCUGCGCAGAAGGGAAUUCACCAUUCGAGGACGACGAGCAGGCAGUAACCUCCGGAGAAGAAGGCUGAAGACAGUCUACACUCAGGGGGCUUCGGCUCCUGUGAUGUGCAUAUUCUGUCAAUCCGAAGUCGAGACUGGUGGGAUUAUUGACGUUGAUGUCGUAGCCAAGAAGCACACGGAGCAGAAUGCGAGCAGGCGGGGGAAUCGUGAUGCCGUAUCCUCUGAUGCACUUCGACUUCCGAGCCAGCAACAGAAAACUGCUUCACGAGGGCGCGGAUCUGUACUAGAGCGCAAGCUCGAUGAGCGCGAGGCGACAUCAGCUUCUCGAAGUGCAGAGGAUAGUGCCAGUAAAGACGAGUCGUCGGCUUGCGCAGCACUGCACGAGUCAGCGUCAGGAGACAUCAGUUGUAAACCAAAUGCACUGGUGAUGAGAGAGAGCAAAACGAGCAGUUUAAUGGCAGCUGCAGACGAUAUGACGCCCAAGGAAGGUCUGACAUUUUUCUCGUUAUCAGGCAAAGCUGCAUCAGUAACGCCUGGAGAAACUGGGCAUUCUUUGGCCAUGCGAGAGCAGCUCCAGGAAGAGAGCCGGUCCAGCCCGACGAAAACGGAUGGAGCGUCGUCUUCGACCGCUGGAGGUGGUGGAUCCACUUUCCAUAUAGUACGUCGCCACGGCCAGCACGCUCAAGGAGCCGAAUUUGCCCAGGCGAGGACAAGUGCCGGUGGGUCGUGCGAAGAGCGGAUAGAUAAAAUGAAUGUACGAGCCGCUAGCAAAACCGCUAGCACUUCCUCUCUUUUACCAUUCGGCGCGGCGACCCGAGCAAGAACAGGAUCUGGAUUUUUGUCGAAGUAUUCUAUUUCUCGUGCAGAUGCUGCCUCGAGUGACGCACUGCCAAAACAAAUGCCGUUGACUUGUAGUAUGAAAUUGUUGCCCGACUUGCGAGGCAGCUAUGAUCUUGUCGAGCAAAGCACACCGGAAUCACGAUCAUCAAGCUCACUACGCGAAAGCCUGCUUGCACCUCGAAAACUUUUGCAGGCCUCGCAGCAGCCUCCGAUUUGGGAAGAAACUGCGGGAGUAGACGCGACAAAAAAGUCUUCAGAGCAACAUGUGGAGGACAUCGCUCUUAGUGAAAAGCAGGCAGACGAGAAGGAAGCCGAGGAGCAGGAGGAUGAUGAUCAAGAUUGUGUUUCUCUCGAAAACCUGUACCACGGAGCAACGAGUGACGAAAAGAGGCUGUUGAAUGCCAUGUUGCGGACUGUCGCUCGCGAGGACCUUACACCUCACUGGAGUGAGGUCUUGCCGCAGGCAAGCAGCUGCUACCCUGCUUCAGACGAUAAUGAUAGAAGGACAAUGUAUCGUUUUGAUUGCGCGCAUGCUUUUCAUUCGAUCUGCCUCGUGCGGCAUUAUCUCAAGUGUCUGUAUCAAGCGCAAAAGAAAUUGGACGACAAGCACUUGACGGCUAUCAUAUCGCAGAACAAGGAGAUGCUGCAUGAACGAGAUGCCAACUACGGGUGGGACGACCUGAAAACCCAUCAGGGUGAUCAGCAGGAACAUUCUCCUGGGGAGAUAGCGGGCGGUUGUUCUUCGAAUGGUAUCGAUGAACAGCACUUCUACGACCAGCAUGAGAUUGUGGAAGCGAGUCACGAUUUGACACAACCCUGCAGCCAAGCACAAGUCGAAGCGUCUGCUCAUGAAGCGUGCGCAACGAAUAUAGAUAUGGGACAGAUGGAUAGAGAGGUCGGGAAGAGUCAUAUUCGCCGGAGAUGGACUGCUGCCGUCUGUGCGGCGUCCGUCCAAGACGGAUUCCAAGGUCCCACAGGAGGCACAACAAGUAUGCGCGACGGCUUGGAAAAGCAGGAGGGUUGCACCACAAUAAUGAAAGAGCAUGCGGCCCCGGCGGGAGUUGUGGAUGAACAUCAACAAUACUACACUGGAGGUAGCAGAACUAAAAAAAAAAGUGCUGGAGAAUCAUGCGACGAUAGCUCGGAAGGAGCAACAGAAAGUAGCGAACUAUUUUGCACCGUACCCUUCGCAUGUGGCAGCUAUAGCUCUUGUUUUCCAAAGAUACGGCAGCUCAAACCGGAAACGAAUUCCGAUGUUGGUGGAGCAAGCAGCGCACAACGGCCCGUGAGCGACGUCAUGGAUGACCAACGCACAGCGAGAGGAUUGGCAUCUGUACAGUCUUCUGCAGCAAGGGACGCGAGUGAAACAUCUUCUUUUUCCGCAGGCGCCGUGAGCAAACAAGACAAAGGCGGCGCCACUGGUGUCAUUCCAAAAGACCAAUCAAUAUCUUCUAGUGGCAGUUUUUACAAAACGCUUACUCGGACACGGACACCGAGCUUUGAUAUUAAAGCAAAAGAUGCCGCCGCCGUUACGGCUACGUCUUCAGGAGCGUUCGAGGUUGGGGUUGCAGGAUCCGAGCCACAAGUGAAUAAUUUGAAUUUGUACUGUAAGCCUUUUGUUCCUCCAGGUAAAAGAACCCGUCCUCCGCAUCAUGCCCCCGGAUGCCAGUGUCGGCAGUGCUGCGUGGCCAGAGCGCAACGACUGCGAGGCUAUGGCGACUUCUGGGAUGAUUUAUGUAGGAACGACGCUGAGAAGCUUGCGGAGGAAUUUUUUCGACGCGGACGCUGGCUUGAUUCGUGUCGGUGCAUGUGCGGCGAGACUUUGCAGAAAGACGUUUUAUCCGCGGUUCUGGACGCUCGGCAAGCCUCUACGAGAAUCCGGCGCCGUGUCGACCGCGCGACGAAGUGCUGCGCCCUAGUGUGCUGCUGUCUUUCAUUCACCUGCAACCACCUGGCCUAUGGUGUUGACAGCAUGUACUCCGAGCAGGGGAACAGCUUCGACGGGGGACAGGCCAGGGCGGGAGGAAGAGAUCGCCUCCUCAAUAGUCGUUCACGCUACUCUUUCGAGAAUGUGGCGCAAGCUCCGGCUAUGCACCACAUGAAAUAACAAGUAUCUCCUGCAAAAACUGAGUCUGAGAUGACUCUAAGAAGUAGUAAGAAUCAUCACUCUGCUCGAAGAUAACGACCUUAAAGUACAUGUAAGCGGCGCACUUCUAGUUGUAGAGACAAAUGCUAUGCCUGUGCCUUAUUUUAUUAUCAUGGAAUUGCAUUCUCGUGUGUUAUAGUUGUUCUACUAUUGAUGCACACGGCCCCAGCUGGCUCGUAUUUCGUCUAUCAAUAAUCCAUCGGCUCUUACUAUGUUUUCCUUGUUUUCUAGUUGUUCUUACCCUCGACGGCAAUCUGCAAUACGCCGACGAGAGCAGUCGCAGCAGGCGACACUCUUUCACCUUCUGCAAAAUAAUGACAAUGACCGAGGAUGGAUGAACAUGAAGAUGAACAUUUUUUUUCUGCCGGUAAGGAUAUAGCCAGAACCUUUUUUUAGAAACGCAAUAUCGAAAUCGUCUAAAUGGUAUACAACCGAACAACUACAUCCUCGACCAAGUCUAAUUAAUGCAGGCUUCCACCUUCUAUCCUUUGUAUGGUGCGAAGCGAGGAAGGUCCGAUCUACAAGAAUAUGAAUAUCUGCAAAAUAGUUACGAAAAAAAACUGAAGCUGGAGGUUUUUUUAGAUAAAGUUUAGGUCAAAGAACAUCAACAUGAGAAAAAGAAUUUCGCGAUCGCGUCGUAUUCAUUGUUUGGACUGGCUACAUGGGGUUUUUAGUACAAUGAAUCCCGUAGCGGCUGUAGAUCUCCAUAAAAAUACGCCGUUGUCAGUCUGUGAAUGUGCACACACCACUCGUAACUUUGAUGAGUGUCAAAAAGGCAAUGCUCUCAAGAUAAUAAAUCGAGGAUGAGAUGAAGCACAGCGCUUUCAUUUAACAUGGAUGAACAUGAAAAUAUAGAUGAAUCAAAGACGAAGACCAACUUAGUUCAGUAUUAGAUCAACACUCAACUUGUUUCUACAACAAAAAUUGUUAUGAACCCUCGGUGAGUUGUUCUUUUCUGAGAAUCUCACACCUCCCACAGCUGCAUUCUAUUUUUGAGGUCUAACUAUGAUGCCCUUGCGUGGUGUUGCUUUCGUGCUGACUGGUAUUUGCAGUUUCUGCAUGGUCACCAGAUCUGGUUAGCAAAUAGAUAGAGGCCAUAUCAUUCAACUUUCAAUGUCAAGCAAAUGUAUGGGUACCUUCAGCUGCCCAAGCUAGGUAUAAUCAGUGAAUCAGGAAUUAUUGAGUUUCCUGAUUGAGUUAUAACCAGGAGAAUAAAGAUGAAGCGGAGCUUAAGCAUGAGACGAAAUAAACAUGGUCUUUCUUUGCUCUUGCUUGCUCUGGCCAUGUUCAACUUCAGUCAUGUGUAACUGUAUCUACAAUGUCAACAUGUUAACCAAAUGCAUGGUCGCCGGUAGCCACCCGCGCGUGAAGACCAAAAAGUAAGAAAAGUGUACACCAUUUUCGAUUUCGGGGGUUCGCGAAUUUUCGUAAUUUUAUUGGCUGCCCGGCCGUAACGACUACCGCAGAUGUCUUCCGAGCCCAGACUUCUGGAGCCGUGGCCCCUGCUUGUCGCAUGCCAG